CUCAAAAGCAUCGAAAAAAAUAGAAAGAGAGGAAUUUCCUCAAAAUUUUGUAUAUUCCCUCGCCGGAGUUUCGGAUAUUCCAUGGACCUCCCGUUAGUUCUGUAAAAUUUUUACGGUAAAAAUUAGGGUUUCUUUCUAAGGUUUCAAGUAGACUCCGUUUAUUGUUAUCAGGGUCUCAUUUCGUUUAUGAAAGCACUCAAUACCGGAGUGGUUGGGAGUGUUCUUUCGAGAUGUUUACACCGCAGAGAAAUUCAAGGUCGGUACUAUCGAUAACGCCACGAAGGGAGGCGCCGAAGAGCGUACUACUUCAAACUCUAGAGAUUUGGGGAAAGGGAAGGCGGUGGCAUUUGUUGAUGGUCCACCUCCGCCGCCGCCGCGUCCACCGUCACCGCAGCCGCCGCCACCGCCAGUGGAUUCGUUGAAUGAGAGUCUUGCGAAGGUGGUCGGUGAUUUGGAGAACAUGGAGGAUUGGAGACGGUUUAGAGAUGCAGGAUUGUUAGACGAGGCAGCUAUGGAGAGGAGGGACCAGCAGGCAUUAAUGGAGAAGGUUUCAAAGCUCGAAAGAGAGCUUUUUGAUUAUCAGUAUAACAUGGGACUUCUACUAAUCGAGAAGAAGGAGUGGACUUCAAAGACUGAAGAAUUUGGAGAAUUACUGGCAGAAGCACAGGAGGCUCUCAAACGCGAGCAGGUGGCUCAUUUAAUUUCAAUAUCUGAAGUCGAGAAGCGAGAGGAGAAUUUGAGGGAAGCUUUAGGUGUUGAAAAGCAGCGUGUGGCUGAUCUUGAGAAGGCUUUAAAUGAAACGUGUUCUGAACAUGAAGAGAUUAAGCUCACAUCUGAGUUGAAGUUGACUGAUGCAAAGGCUUUGGUGGCUGGAAUUGAGGAGAGAUCUUUGGAAGUGGAUAAAAAGUUGCAUGCUGCUGAUGCGAUGCUUGCUGAGGCAAGGAGAAAAGGUUUGGAGCUGGACAGAAAAUUGCAAGAGGUUGAGGCCCGUGAAAGUGUGAUUAGGAGGGAGCGCCUCUCUCUUAGUGCAGAGCGAGAAGCACAUGACUUGUCUUUUUCCAAACAUAGAGAUGACUUGCGGGAGUGGGAGCGAAAACUACAGGAAGGGGAAGAAAGGCUAUGUGAUGGUCGCAGAAUCAUCAAUCAACGAGAGGAGAAGGCAAAUGAAAUUGACAGGUCUUUCAAGAAGAAAGAAAAGGAACUUGCAGAAGCACAGAAGAAGAUUGAUUUGACCAUAAUGACUUUGGAGAAGGAAGAAGAUGACAUAAAGGAGAGACUAGCUAAUUUAAGCGUAAAAGAAGACAAAGCCGAGUCACUUCAAGGGUAUUUAGAGGCGAAGGAGAAGGAAUUAAUUACUUUGACUGAAAAGCUGAGUACCCGAGAAAAAGUAGAGAUUCAGAAGCUUCUUGAUGAACACAGAGCUUCCCUGGAUACAAAGAGGCUGGACUUCGAGUUGGAAAUAGAAGAAAGGAGGAAAUCUUUCGACGAGGAGAUGAAAGGGAAGGUCGAUGCGCUGGAGCAGAAGGAAGUUGAAAUUAACCAUGUAGUGGAAAAACUUGAAAAAAGAGAGCAAGCUUUGGAAAGGAAGUCGAAUAGAGUUAAUGAGAAAGAGAAGGACCUUGAAGAAAAGUUGAAAACUUUGAUGGAGAAAGAGAAGUCCAUCGAGUUCGAGGAGAGAAGGUUGGAUGUUGAAAAAAAACAAACACUUGCUGAUAAAGAGAGUGUACAGGUUCUCAGAGAUGAGCUUGAAAAGCUACGGGCUGAGAUUAGUCAAAGGGAAUUGCAGAUUAAUGAAGAAAGUGAAAAGCUUAGAGUAACCAAAGAAGAAAGGGCAGCACAUAUCCGCUUACAACUGGAGUUGGAAGAGGAAAUAGAGAAAUGCAGACUCCAGAAGGAGUUACUUUUGAAGGAAGGUGAGGAUUUAAAACAGUGCAGGAAGAAAUUUGAGGAAGAUUGGGAAGCAUUGGAUGAGAAGAGAGCUACUUUUACUAGAGAGCUAAGGGAGCUAAAUGAAGAAAAAGAGAAGCUAGAAAAAUUGCGACAUUCUGAAGAAGAACGAUCAAGAAAAGAUAAAUUGUCUACACAGGAUUACAUUAAGAGAGAGUUGGAAGCUGUGAGGGCGGAGAGAGAAUCAUUUGCUGCCACAAUGAGGCAUGAGCAAGCCAUUUUAUCAGAAAAAGCUCGAAAUGAACAUAGUCAACUGAUUCGUGAUUUUGAGAUGCGAAGAAGGGAUCUUGAGACAGAUCUUCAGAAUAAGCAAGAGGAAAAAGAGAAGCAACUACGUGAGAGGGAGAGAGAGUUUGAGGAAGAGAGGGAAAAAGAACUUAGUAACAUCACUAAUCUAAAGCAAGUAGUCAAGAAGGAAAUGGAAGAAAUGAGGUCUGAAAAACGUAGAACAGAGAAGGAGAAACAGGACAUUGCCUUGAACAAGAAGUACCUGGAAGAACACCAAAUUGAAAUGCAUAAGGACAUUGAUGAGCUUGGUAUCCUUAGCAAGAAGCUCAAGGAUCAACGAGAACAAUUUAUUAAGGAGCGAUGUAGGUUUUUUGCACUAGUUGAGAGACUUAAGAGUUGUGGAAACUGUGGAGAGAUAACUCAGGAAUAUGUACUCUCUGAUCUCCAGGUGCUUGAAACGGAGGAUAGGGAGGUCUCUCCUCUUCCAAGACUGGCAGAUGAAUAUCUCGAGAACUCUCAGGGUGGUUUGGCUGCUUCUCGGGGAAUGAUUUUUAGGACAUCUCCUGUUCGACUAAAUUUGAGAUCUUCAGACUCUGGGGGCCACAUGUCUUGGCUUCAGAAAUGCACCUCAAAGUUUUUGAACUUGUCCCCCAAUAGAAAAUUCCAGCAUGUGGCCUCUCGGAGCCCAGGUGAAUCACCUUUGUUAGAUACACCAGUCAAUAGAGAGGAUAAAGCUGAAGGACCAAGUAGGCCAGCUGAUAUAGAAGAAGCAAGAGGGCAAAGUAUUGCUGAAGAUGGACCGGAACCUUCUUUUGGAAUUGCAAACGAAUCAUUCGAUGUUCAACCACUCACAUUUGAUAAUGUUGUUAGAGAGGUUGACUAUGGGCAUACUCUUUCUGUUGAUGAUUAUAGCAACAUGGACAGUAAGAUGCACAUUCCAGACGACUCCCAGCAAUCAGCACUGGCAAGUGGUAGGCGCAAACCUGGCAGAAAGCCAGAGAUUGGAAUUCGUAGAACACGCUCUGUGAAGGCAGUGGUUGAAGAUGCUGCAGCCUUUCUGGGGAAGCCUUCAGAAGAACCAAACUUGAGAGAUGAGCCACACAAUUUUUCUGCUCAUACUAAUGAGGGAAGUCGGGCAGAUUCCAGCCAUGCCAAGGAAGCACCUGGCUUUAUUCCUAGGAAGCGACAACGUGCACAAUCCUCUAGAAUGACGGCCAGGGAGCGGGAUGCUGAUGAUAGUGAAGGGCGUUCUGAAAGUGUCACGGCAGGUGGGCGCAGGAAGAGGCGGCAAACAAUUGCUCCAGUUGUACAAACCCCAGGACAAAAACGAUACAAUCUCAGACGUCAGAAGGCUGUAGGAAUGGGUGCGGGGGCUCAAGCUUCGGUUGAUAUGAACAACAGAGAGGAAAAGGAAGUUGGUGCUCUCGAUACAGUGGAAGGAAAACAAAAUCCUGAACCAAAGGACAAUGUAACUCCGGUGGUGCAGGUUACAACUUACAAAAGUGUUGAAACUCACGAGUAUGCAUCAGAUGGGGUUGUCAGGUUGACUACACCCAGAGACGCUGAUGACAGUGCAGAUGCAGCAAGGUUAGUUGAAAAUAUGGAACCGAGUGAGGAGCUAAAUGGUGUGCAAGAAUAUGGUAGUGGAGAUGAGAAUGGAAGCACAUUCUAUGGUGAAGACGGAGAAGAUGACGAUGAUGAUGAUGUGGAUGAUGAAGCUGAACAUCCUGGGGAAGCAUCGAUAGGAAAGAAGCUGUGGACUUUCCUCACGACGUGAUUACUGCAUUUUUUUGGAUCUUCUUGUGGAAGUCCUCUCUCUCUCUCUCUCUCACUCACACACACACGCACACAUUGUGUAUUAACACACGUAGCUAGAGAGCUCCAGCUUCACUUGGGGUCCCCAGGAGCCUGAACCUUGUCAAUUUUUGGGUUUUGUUUUCGCUUUUGUACACUGGUUUCUCCUUGUGUUGCCAGAGCUGCUGUAACUAGUUUCUUCAUGGCCCUGUUGUUUUGUAACUAGUUUCUCUAGAUUGGUGCUCGGGGGGUAAUUUUUGGGUUUGAUUUGCCAUUUUAAUUGAGGGAUAAUUUUACGGUAUC